AGGAGAAGGAGGUGGAGGAGGAGGAGAAGGACGAGAAGGAGGAGGAUCCCGGUGACUGAGAGCGGCAGCUGGGAAAGGGAGAGAGACAGAAAGAAGAGAGAAAGAGGGGGGGGAACCAAACCAGCUGAUUUGAUUUCCUUUUAGUUUAAAGCAAAAGAAAAUGGAAGUCGGUUAAUAAAGGAUUGGAGCAGGCGUAGAGAGCAGGGUUGACAGUGUCUCCUAGAGGACUGCUAUCAAUUCUGCAGUUUCCAUCAGAAGUUGUGCUUAGUGAUGUCUGGACACCAAAUGGAAAUCACUGUUGCUGAAGUAAAUAACUAGCAAAUUCUCAGGGGUUGUGAUAUCACACCACACAUUUUAUUGUGGCAAAAAUGGACUAUUUUCAACAGUGGAAAGUACCAUGUUGACAAAGUAUAAUUCUUGACUGCCACAUGCCUCCAGAAGACGUUGAAGUCUGUUAAAAAUGGAUGGCUUCUAGUCUGCUCUUGAACCCCACCUCUGCUGAGUGUUGGGCAGCACUUCUACAUGAUCACAUGACUCUUGAUAUGGACGCAGUCCUGUCAGACUUUGUUCGGUCCACAGGGGCAGAACCAGGUCUGGCAAGAGACCUGCUGGAAGGCAAAAACUGGGACUUGACUGCAGCUCUGAGUGACUAUGAGCAACUCCGACAGGUUCAUACAGCCAACCUACCACAGGUAUUCAAUGAAGGAAAAUACUACAAGCCACCAGAAAGAGAACCAUCCCAACAGGUGAACAAAAUUGAACGACCCUGCCUUCAAAGACAGGAUGACAUUGCCCAAGAAAAACGUCUUUCCAGAGGUAUUUCUCAUGCCAGCUCAGCCAUAGUCUCCCUUGCCCGAUCCCAUGUGGCCAAUGAAUGCAGCAAUGAACAAUUUCCCCUGGAGAUGCCCAUCUACACAUUCCAACUGCCAGACCUCAGCGUGUACAGUGAAGACUUCAGGAGCUUCAUUGAACGUGAUUUAAUUGAACAGGCAACGAUGGUUGCCUUGGAGCAGGCAGGUAAAUACAAUUGGAAAAAAACAAUCUGUAGCACAGCCCAACUUAUUCUAUCUCUUCUCCAAACUGGUACAUGUCAUUGCCUCAUAUACCUCUACUCCACAGGCAUGUGGGGAUUUCACGACCGGGACCUGGUUUUGCGUAAGGCUCUCUAUACCAUGAUGAGGAGUGGAGCAGAAAGGGAAGCACUGAAGCGGAGGUGGAGGUGGCAACAGACCCAGCAGAAUAAGGAGUCAGGGUUAGUUUAUACAGAAGAAGAGUGGGAGCGAGAAUGGAAUGAGCUCUUGAAGCUGGCGUCCAGUGAACCUCGAACUCAUUUCAGCAAAAAUGGAGGCACCGGUGGUGGAGUGGACAAUUCUGAGGAUCCUGUAUAUGAAAGCUUAGAGGAGUUCCAUGUUUUUGUCUUAGCCCAUAUACUAAGAAGACCAAUUGUCGUUGUAGCAGAUACAAUGUUAAGAGACUCGGGGGGAGAAGCAUUUGCUCCAAUUCCAUUUGGAGGAAUCUACUUGCCUCUGGAAGUCCCACCUAACAGAUGUCACUGCUCCCCUCUGGUCCUAGCCUACGAUCAAGCUCAUUUCUCUGCCCUUGUGUCCAUGGAACAAAAAGAUCAACAAAGAGAGCAAGCGGUUAUCCCUCUCACCGACUCUGAACACAAGUUACUACCUUUGCACUUCGCAGUUGAUCCUGGAAAGGACUGGGAAUGGGGAAAAGAUGACAAUGAUAAUGCCAGAUUAGCCAAUUUGAUACUAUCUCUAGAAGCCAAGCUGAACCUUCUGCACAGCUACAUGAAUGUCACUUGGAUCCGAAUCCCCUCUGAAACCCGGGCUCCUUUGGCCCAGCCCGAAUCUCCUACAGCUUCUGCGGGGGAGGAUGUUCAGUCUCUGGCUGACUCCAUGGACUCAGACCGAGAUUCCAUCUGUAGUAAUUCCAAUAGCAAUAAUGGCAAAAAUGGAAAAGAAAAAGAGAAGGACAAACAGAGAAAGGAAAAGGACAAGAACAGGACUGAUUCUGUGGCCAAUAAGCUGGGGAGUCUCAGCAAAACCCUUGGAAUCAAACUGAAGAAGAACAUGGGAGGCCUUGGGGGGCUGGUCCAUGGGAAAAUGGGACGAGCCAAUUCAGGGAAUGGGAAGAAUGGUGAUGGGACAGAUAAAGUCAAGGAGAAGAAAUCUAAAUCCCGAAAAGGCAGCAAGGAGGAGUCGGGCCAGUCGGCGAGCACAUCUCCCUCAGAAAAAAACACCCCAUCUCCCACGGACAAGGCAAGUGUAUCUCCCGUCGAGAAAAACACCAAGACUCUCUCAGAUAAGCAGUCAGACCCUUGGAAGUACAGUACCGAUGUGAAGCUAAGCCUUAACAUCUUGAGAGCCGCCAUGCAAGGAGAGCGUAAGUUCAUCUUUGCUGGUCUCCUCCUGACCAGUCACCGGCAUCAGUUCCACGAGGAAAUGAUUGGUUACUACUUGACCAGUGCUCAGGAGCGCUUCAAUGCGGAGCAGGAGCAGAAACGGAAAGAGGCAGAGAAGAAAGCUUCCCUCAGCGGGUCCUCUUGCAGGAAAUUGGAACAAGAGGCCUUCUCCAAGGAAAAACUGGAAUCGUCCCCUCAGGACAGGGCAUCACCCGUCUUGCCUCAAAGCCAUACAACUCAACUUGUUUUAAAAUUUAAAGACCGUACCAGUCCCACCCCGGGGUCCUUUUCUUCCCCCAGCAACAGCGCCAAGAGGAAUGGCCCCACUCCCGUUUCCGCCCACUAUAGCCAUACUCCACCAGUCCAGAGGCAAAGCGUGAUCCAUCUGCAUGAUGUCAACUCCAAGCCGUCCAGCUUCCAGGAUGAUACCUACAAGCCAGUGGUUGGCACUCUCAAAACCUGUGCCACGUACCCCCAGCAGAACAGAUCCCUGUCGUCCCAGAGCUACAGCCCGGCCCGGAUAGCGGGCAUCCGCACGGUGAACACGGUGGAAUCUCUGACCUAUGCCCUGCCCACGGAACACAAGUCCCAGACGUACACCAAUGGCUUUAACACGGGUGACAUUAGAGACUGCUUGGAGUAUGCCGACGAGGAAGCGCCGCAGACGUGGUUGAACAAUGAUAAAAACAGAGGCCGAAGCACAGUUUGCCCCAUCUAUUCCAUUCAGCAGAACCGUUGUAAGAAGGAGAACUGUUCCUUUUAUGGUCGCCCAGAGACUGAAAAUUAUUGUUCCUACUGCUACAAAGAGGAGCUCAAGAGAAGAGAGAGAGAGACCAAGGGACACCGGCACUGAAGACUUCUGAAGCGCUUCCAAAACCAAUUAGUCUCAUCAUUAUUUUCUUUUUUUUUUUCUUAUGAAAGUAAAAGGUGGAUGACAGAGGAAAAAGCCAGUCCUUCCCAAAGGGAAUGACAGUCACUGUCAAGCUUGUGGCUUCUAUUUGGGGAAAACACAGAAAUCAGAGAUGAAUUUAUCAUAAAGAAUUUAUUUUC